AUGGCUUACACACUGACUGUACUCGUCCCCUGUUUGGUGCUGGCACUCGUUGUGGCCCGGCCUGUUCUCUACUGGAUUCUGUCUGUCAUAGUCGAUGCCUUUCUACGAUGGAAAUACCCUUUGCCCCAUCACGCGGGUUCUAAACCCCUGCCUCGUGCCCGUUAUACAUGGCCCAACGGUCAAGGCACGGAAAAGUUCUUCAAUGGACGUUCCGCUGCCAAACAGUGGCGACAGCAAUGGGGUCCGAUAUAUCAGAUUUGGUCUGGCUGGUCCCCUGAAAUUGUACUGACCACUCCUACCCAUGCCGUCCAAUUCUUCCGCAACUCCCAUCGUCACACAAAAGCUGUGAACAACGAUUCAGGCUGGCUAUUCGGCGAAGUUCUCGGUGUCUGCGUCGGCCUGCUCAGUGGCUCUGACUGGAAACGAGUUCGGCAGCAGGUCGAAGACGGCUUUUCACGUCCAACGGCUGCUCGGUAUACGGCUGACCUGGUCACUCUGGCCCGCGAAUAUGUCCACAGCACCCUGUUAGCGUCAUCCGAACAAAGCCUCGAAACAAAAGGAAUCAUUCACGUCGAGCCUGCCAAGACCCUCCAAUUCUUUCCCUUUCUGUCGGUGGCUCAGAUCCUGUUCGGACGCUUGAGCCCGAUGCAGCGUUCGCAGCUGACCACGCUCGCUCCCUUGAGAGAAGAAUUGUUCAAGGAGGUCAUUCGGGGCGGCAUCAACCGCUUAUCUAUCGCGCCCUGGUUCCGGUCGCGGGGAGUACGCCUCUUGAACGAAUUCCAGACGCAGUGGGAACAGUUUGUCGAAGACGCCUACCACAAAGCCGUCGAGCGCAACCAAUCCCCUAGGCCGCUGGUCGUCGGACUUUGGGAGGCUUAUCAGGCGGGAACAAUUAGCAAACGCGAAUGCCUGCAAACCCUCGACGAGUCGCUCUACGCCAAUUUGGACGUCACCACACAUGCCCUCUCGUGGAAUGUCUUGUUGCUGGCAGAGAAUAGCGAGGCACAGACGGAACUGCGACAGGAAGUGCUCUCUGCGCUGCGAAGCGAGGCAAGCGAGUCGUACGAACGGUACAUUGACCGGGAUGACACGUUCCUGGCUGCUUGCGUCCUGGAAUCGGCACGAAUGCGCCCAAUACUGCCAUUUUCCAAUCCUGAGUCGGCGCCCGAGGAUCUAUACGUGGACGGCUAUCUCAUCCCUGCCAAUACCAAUGUUAUCGUGGACGCCCAAGCGAUCAACAUCGAGAACCCUUUCUGGGUCAACGGAACUAAAUACAAUCCUCGACGGUUCUUCAGUCUCAACAAGUCAGACGUCCGCCAUAAUAUGUGGCGCUUCGGGUUUGGACCGCGACAAUGCCUCGGCAAGCACAUUGGCGAACGGAUGCUCAAGGCCAUUGUCGCUGAGAUUAUUCGCCAGUACGUCGUCUCUAUCUCGGCAGACAGUGCUUCGGAGAAGAAUGUUCUGCAGGAGGAUAGCUGGGUGGGAUUGCCUGCGACGCGGAUUCAGUGUGUGCCGGUGGGACGAGAGGUCGAGAAGGAUUAG